CCUCCAUCUUUGGAUUUUUUAAAUGGAAAAAGAACCGGCAGGUGCUGUUGUAGUUGCUGCAGCAGCAGCGAGAAAAGUAUCAUUUGCUUAAGACCAUUUUCUGUCUCUGUCUCCGUCUCCCUAUUCGGUGUUGAGAUGGGGAGUUCGAACACUGCAGUGAAGGACGAAGUAGAUUCAGACGGCGAUGAUAGCAACGGGGAUCCCUCCGCCUCAGAUCCCGGCAAUUUCUCUGAAGGAGAGAAGGUCCUCGCUUUCCAUGGCCCUCGACUCUACGAAGCCAAGGUUCUAAAGGUUGAGUUUCGAAAGAAGGAAUGGAGAUACUAUGUUCAUUACCUUGGUUGGAGCAAAAAUUGGGAUGAAUGGGUGGGCGUGGAUCGUUUAAGGAAAUUUACCGAGGAGAAUGUCCGGAAGCAGAAGGAUCUUGAAAAAAAAUUGAGUGCAGAUAAGAGUCUUAAGGCAGGGCGUUCAACUCAGAUCAAGCCAAAAGGCUUUGCAGAUGCAAAAGUGGAUAAAGAGGACCUUAGGAACUAUGUGGCAAGAGGCAAGAAGAGAAAGAGUGACUCUGGCAUUGAGGAGAAGGACAUUGAAUCAAUGGAGAAGCUAGUGAAGAUCCAAAUUCCAUCUACUCUAAAGAAGCAACUGGUUGAUGAUUGGGAAUUUGUCACUCAACUGGGUAAGCUUGUUAAACUUCCGCGUUCUCCGUGUGUUGAUGAUAUAUUGAAGAAGUACCUUGACUACAAGUCCAAGAAGGAUGGCAUGGUAGCUGAUUCGAUUGGAGAGAUUUUGAAGGGUUUACGUUGUUACUUUGACAAAGCAUUGCCGGUAAUGCUCCUUUACAAGAAAGAGCGUCAACAAUAUGAUGAAGCAAUUGCAGAUAAUGUUUCUCCUUCAACUGUAUAUGGUGCUGAGCAUUUACUACGGCUCUUUGUCAAGUUACCUGAGUUAUUGACCUAUGCAAACAUUGAAGAAGAAACACUGAUGCGCCUGCAGCAGAAGUUGCUCGAGUUUCUCAAGUUCAUGCAGAAGAAUCAGAGCACCUUCUUCCUUUCUACGUAUGACAGCUCCAAAGGUUUUGAAGGAAGUUCUGGGGAUCAAGACUAAGCUGCAAGAUGCUGCGAUCAACCAUGUAUAGUGAUUAAAAUUAAAGAUAUACUUGGCGGAGCAGCCAAGGUUCAUUCAUGCAACUGCUGAGACUUGCCAUGUUUGUGCUGCACAUUUUUAAUUUCAAGCUAUGACUGAAGUUCAGUGGUGUUUAGCUAACAGAUUUGAAUAACAAGCUACUAUAAUACCACCCAAUAGUCAUCAAUCUAAUAAACUCUGCACAGCAUUAUCAGUUGAACAUAAUAACGAUGGUAGAAAUAGGCUUUGCA